CGCGGAGAGCGGCUCGGCCGCGCGCACGCCGGGUAUCCAGGCCGAGCCGGGAACGUCGAGAGCAUGGCGGUCGCGGGCGCAAAGCGGCGCGCGGUUGCGGCCCCCGCGACGACGGCGGCGGAGGAGGAGCGGCAGGCGCGGGAGAAGAUGCUGGAGGCGCGGCGCGGGGACGGCGCGGACCCCGAGGGCGAAGGCGUGACCCUGCAGCGCAAUAUCACACUGAUCAAUGGUGUGGCCAUCAUAGUGGGCACCAUCAUCGGUUCGGGCAUCUUCGUGACGCCCACCGGCGUGCUCAAGGAAGCCGGCUCGCCCGGACUGUCGCUUGUGGUGUGGGCUGUGUGCGGCGUCUUCUCCAUCGUGGGCGCACUGUGCUACGCGGAGCUGGGCACUACCAUCUCAAAGUCAGGCGGCGACUAUGCCUACAUGCUAGAGGUCUACGGCUCGCUGCCCGCCUUCCUCAAGCUCUGGAUCGAGCUGCUCAUCAUUCGGCCCUCCUCACAGUACAUCGUGGCGCUGGUCUUCGCCACAUACCUGCUCAAGCCGGUCUUCCCCACUUGUCCCGUGCCCGAGGAGGCUGCCAAGCUCGUGGCCUGCCUCUGCGUGCUACUACUCACGGCUGUGAACUGCUACAGUGUGAAGGCUGCUACCCGUGUGCAGGAUGCCUUUGCGGCUGCCAAACUGCUGGCCCUGGCCCUCAUCAUCCUGCUCGGCUUCAUCCAGAUGGGAAAGGACAUAGGACAAGGGGAUGCAUCCAACCUGCACCAGAAGUUGUCCUUUGAAGGCACCAAUCUGGACGUGGGGAACAUUGUGUUGGCAUUGUACAGUGGCCUCUUCGCCUACGGAGGAUGGAACUAUCUGAAUUUUGUCACGGAGGAGAUGAUCAACCCCUACAGGAACCUCCCCCUGGCCAUCAUCAUCUCCUUGCCCAUUGUCACCCUGGUCUAUGUGCUGACGAACCUGGCCUACUUCACUACCCUGUCUACCAACCAGAUGCUGACAUCUGAAGCCGUGGCUGUGGAUUUUGGGAACUACCACCUGGGAGUCAUGUCCUGGAUCAUUCCUGUCUUCGUGGGCUUGUCCUGCUUCGGCUCUGUCAAUGGGUCUCUGUUCACGUCCUCAAGACUGUUCUUCGUGGGAUCCAGGGAGGGCCACCUGCCUUCCAUCCUCUCCAUGAUCCACCCACAGCUUCUGACACCGGUGCCAUCACUGGUGUUCACGUGUGUCAUGACCCUGAUGUACGCCUUCUCCAGAGACAUCUUCUCCAUCAUCAACUUCUUCAGCUUCUUCAACUGGCUGUGUGUGGCCCUGGCCAUCAUCGGCAUGAUGUGGCUCCGCUUUAAGAAGCCUGAGCUGGAGCGUCCCAUCAAGGUGAAUCUGGCCCUCCCAGUGUUCUUUAUCCUGGCCUGCCUCUUCCUCAUCGCCGUGUCCUUCUGGAAGACACCCCUGGAGUGCGGCAUUGGCUUCGCCAUCAUCCUCAGCGGGCUGCCUGUCUACUUCUUUGGUGUGUGGUGGAAAAACAAGCCCAAAUGGAUCCUGCAGGUCAUCUUCUCCGUGACCGUGCUCUGCCAGAAGCUGAUGCAGGUGGUUCCUCAGGAGACUUAGCCACGUGUCCUGGGUGCCGCGGGAGAGUGCACUGUGACUGCUUCCAGACAACUCACCUUUGGAAAAGCAGCGUCCAGGCCCGUCAUCCCCACAGCUCCAGUGAGCACCACUAACUAUCUUAACACCAUCCGCUGUCCCUCAAAGGUCAGGUGUCCACAGUGGCCGUGAAAGAAACCUGGUACGAAUUUGGUCCCAGAUGGUGACCAUCCAUGCAUACAUAGCAGCCACUGUGAGGUGUGCUGUGGCCUGAGGCCUGGUCUUUCUGACUUUGGGGACUGCCACAUCUGGGCUUUCUCCUCUAUGAUUUUUUGUUUUGUUUUUGUAGCGUUCAUUUGGGUCAAGUUUACACUACCGAGAUGAUUAUUUUUUGACAAAACAGGGUAGCAAAGAGCAGGAGAUGGUGUGGCCGGACAGUCCGGCUCUGAGUGGGAACUGCAGGCCACAGCUCUUCUCCGACUGUUGUUCGUUCAGUAGCACAUUGUGGCUGGAGGGGACCACAUCACUGUCACCAAGUCAGAACUACUGAGACUCAAACAUCACCUUUUCCACUGUGGACUUGCACUGACAAACGGACGAUGAAUGUGCUAGCUUGGGUUUGAGUUUUCUGGGUCUGUCCUAGAGAUGAAACCCCAACCUGACCCACGAGGCAGAGCUCUACUGUGGGUCAUUUGUUCCAUUGUAAAUGCAGAGCUCCGGUCUGACCACUCUGAAGUCCUGGUGAUUCCCCUUCCCCUGGCUCCAAAUGAAAGACCUCUGCAGCCAUAACCCUAGUGGCACCUGGCCACCAACUGUCAACUGCGGGGCCAUGUGCUCCUGUGCACACAAGCUGGCUCUACACAUUCAAGGGGCACUGCUCUGGGUCUUACUCCCUGUCCCACCCCAGCUCUCCUAGAACCAGACCGGCACCAUGGGGCUCCCACCCACACACCUCUGUCCACCUCCAUAAUUCCUGAGACUGCUAGCAGCUCUCUGUCAAGUCACCACCGUCCCCCCUCAGCCCCCCGGGCCACUGUUCAAAAGAAUAGGCACCAACUACCCUUCUGCUCUCUGCCACCUGUGUGACGUGACCACUCCAGCUCCCUGAGCGUGAAAACUGCUGGCUACGUGCUGCUGUCCCUCCUGUGUGGGACCAGUCUGUUCCGGGGAGACGGUUGAGUCCAGCAGCACAUCCACUGAAGCAGCUGAUCUGACUGAAGGACUUGAGGGCAUGAGAAUCCCCCGCUGGCCCUUCCAUUGCCUCAGAGCUGGCCUCCCUGAGGGGGUGUCAACUGGAGUGUCUACUGUGAAGCUCUUACAUAGUGGCCACCCUGAUAUCUCCUGGGGUUCCCUUGUGUUGGGGUGAGGAGGCAGAGGUCAAGGUCAGAGUGCCCCUAGAAGGCUCUCCCAGAGAUGUGAACUCAGGUCCCCAGACACAGCCUGGGUUCAAAGGGCAGGGCAAGUCUUGGUCCACGUUCAUGGUGCUGACCCAGGCCCUCUGAGAAGGCCCUGUCAUUCCUAUUCUGAUGUCCUGAGGACGCCCAUCUGUAGGUUUUUGGUUUUAAAUCAAGCCACAGCCACAGUCAUUUGGCCCAAUGCUUUGCAUUGUGUUGUCCUAACACAUCACUGCCCUGUGGAACCCCCCUGCCUGGCCCUUUUCAGUGGUCAGUGUCCAGUGCUGGGUACGGUGUGUUCCCACCACACUGGGUCCACCUGCUGUGCCACUGGACUUAGUGCUGUGGUUGUAAUGUCUUUUACUAUUGUAUUAAUGACUAGUCUGUUACAUUAGACUGGGGGUGGGGUGCAAGGGUCUGCUGGUUUGUGAGGCUUUUUGAUUGGGGGGGUGGUUUGUUUUUUUUUUUUAAAGCUAUUGGAGUUCU